AUGGUCAGCUGGACCCCUCCCGCGCGACGCUUGCAGCAGCUCCACUCGCUCCUUUCCGACGGCGCCGCGGAGCUGCCUGAGUGGUGCGAGGCAUGGCGUGCGCAGCCACGCUUUGCCACGUAUUUCCUGUCGCGCCUCACUCUGCAGAAGCAGCUUCGCUUGCUGCAGAUGAUGAGAGAAGCCGCGUUGGAGACGAACGUAUGGCAUUUGAACUGCGCCAUCGCUGGCUGUGACGAGGCUUGGCCGCAAGCACUGCAGCUGCUCAGAUGCAUGCUGCUGCGCCAGGUGCGCAGCGACAGCACCAGCAUCAACAGCCUUUCCCGCGCCUUGUCACCAUCGACUUGGCGUGUGGCGAUGGCUGUGCUGGGGGCACGGCAGGGAGCGGCAAAGGUGGAGGUGCGCAGCCUCACCGCCCUGGCGGCCUGGUUGCCGUGGCCAACAGCGCUGGGCUUGAUGUGUACGGAGCCGGCAGAUGGAAUCGCAUGGACGGCUGUGGUGCAGGGAAAGGAUCAGCCUUGGACCCUGGCGCUGCGCUUGCUGUGCUGGAUGGGGCAGGCCCGUCUGCGUGCCGACGCUGUGCUGCACCGCUCCUGCUGCGACGCGCUGGAGCGUGGCGGCGCCUGGCCGUUGGCGCUCCGCUUGGCGCCGUGGCGCCAGGGCGCGGCGCUGCUGAAUCAGAGCAUGGCGGGGAUGGCGAAGAGAGGGCAAUGGGAGGCCGCCCUCAGCGGUUGUUGCCGUGACAUCAAGGCAUGUGCUAUGCCGGAUGAGUUCACCCUGAGCUGCUUGUUGGACGCCCUUCAGCCGCUGAGCCUUUGGCGGAGAGCUUUUUUGGUGGCACGAGAUGCGGCGUCAAGAUCUCUCCGGACUGAUCUCGUCUCGCACAACGCCCUGCUGAGCUGCGCUUUGCCAAAGUGGCCCUGGGCACUGCAGCAGUUGCAGCAGCAGCGGCCGGAUCCGUUGAGCUAUGGCUUUGCCCGGAAGGGUUUAAAGACAACACGCCAACGAAACAGCAAGUUUUCCAUCGCUCAUUAUGCGAUGCCGCUGGCAACAGCUGCGACUUGCAACGCGAAGAGCAAGAGCAUCAGGUCGAUGAGCAUUUGGGAAACUGAUUCAGCGGAGGGAUGCUGGAGCAGGGCACGCUGGGCGAUGGUGCCGCGCCCUGAAGUCCGACCAGACUUCGGGCGUGGUUGGCCUCAUCCCGAUCUGCUUGAGGGGCAGUUGCCCCAACAACUAGCCGAGAGCUUUCAACGAGGCCUGCCCCUGGCCCGCGAAUCGCUGAACUACGGCACCGCGACUUCGUCCUUUCGCUUCGGGCAUCCGGAGUUCCUCAAGGGGCUGGCAGGCUUCCUAUCGCAGCAAUAUGGCGCCCCAGUGGAAGCCAGCUGUCUGAUGACCACGGGUGGUGCUUCCAUGGGGGUGGACCUUGCUUUGCGAAGCUUCAGAGGAAGUGGAGGAGUGUGCGUCUUUGAAGAACCAAGCUACUACUUGUCCUUCAACAUGGCCAGAGAUCAAGGCCUGGAGUGUCGGAGUGUGCCGCUGUACCAGGAUGGCAUGGACCUUGAUCGACUGGAGGAGAUAUGCAUGGAAGGCAAUGUCCGGAUGGUCUAUACCAUCCCAGUGCACCACAAUCCCACGGGCUACACCAUGGGAAACGAGAAGCGCCAAAGACUUGUCGAACUCGCCAGGAAGUACGAUUUCAUGGUCGUGGCAGAUGAGGCGUAUCAGCUCUUGAAUUUCGGCCCGCCCGAAGUGCAAGCGCUCCACUUCCACGACUCCGCAGAGGAUCCCCGGGUCGUUUCGGUGGGCACCUUCUCCAAACUCAUUGGCCCCGGCGUGAAGGUUGGAUGGCUCCAGGCUGAUGCGCGGCUGCUGAAACGGAUGGCCGCGGUGGGCUAUGUGGAGAGCGGUGGCAAUCCGGUGACCUUUUCCUCCAUGGCCCUGCUGCAUUUCAUGACUUCUGGUCAGUUGGACAAGCACAUCGCCCACGUCUCGAGCGAGCUGAGCCAGCGGUGUCAGUGGCUGUGCCGCAAUCUUCGUGAGCUGGGGUUGGAAGUCUAUGAGCCCAGAGGAUUUUCGGUCGCGCCCCGAUGCCGCUGGCAUCGCGGUUAUCGCGCUUCGCCCAAGAUGAUCCUGGGCUGCGGCUGCGCAUGCCUGGAGUCUACCGCCAAGGGGAAGCAGGUGGAAUCGAUGGAUUCAAAGAGUAGCAUGCAGGUGGAUUACUUGAUGGAAAAUCUCGGUCCCGGAACCGCCAGUGACAGCGAGGAAAGCCAUCCUUCAUCCCCGGACUGGCCCCUUGCUGAUGGAAGGUACCAAACUUUGCUGAAAGAAAACCAAUCUGAACGCAUUGCUUUCCUGGGCAGCUUUGAAGGUCUUUUUCAAAAGGGGCUGCCGGUGGUGUGUAGUUUCCCCGGGGCCUAUGGCAGUGCGUGGAACUUUUUGACCACUCAGUCCAACUAUGCCCAAAGCAAGCUGCGGACGAGCUGUAUCUUUCUUCCGGACAAAGAUGCCCCUGGCUUCGGCGAACACAUCUUGACCGGGGACAAGGGUUCUGCCUGUCAUUGUUUGCAUCUCUAUGGGCAGCCGCAAGAUUUUGGCUGUGCAUGGUACAAGCUCUGGAUGCGGAAAACGCUUCAGGCUGUUGAAAAAGAUUGCGACCUGAUUGUCGUGACCAAAGAGGAUGGCUCCCUGGGAACAUCGCAACAAGCAGAGGCUCGCUUUUUGGAGCAAGGCGGCCAUGUGUACUGCCAAAUGAACAUCAGGGAGUUUGUCCUAUAUCACGCAGAUGAUGUGCCGCAAUCCGACAAGACGAACAUCACCCGGGACCUAGAGGAUCGCAUGGAAGAAUGCCAAAGAGCCAAAGAAAUCAACCGGGCAAAAGUGAAGGAUCCGUGCGCCUUUUCAACCAAGCUACAGUUCUCUGCAUGCUUUGUGGCACUUGCCAAAGAGGAUCUCGACGAAGGCGGCUACUUCCUGUGGGUCAAGGGCCAGUUGUGCAUCGGGAAGGAGGGUAGAGAUUUCACCAUCCGCCAGGAGAGCUGUUCGGACUACACUCGGCUCAGUUUCAGCUGGCUGUCCUGGGAAGAGAUGCAGCGGGGUGUUGACCUGCUACGCACGGCUCCCGAGGGAUCGGUGGCGCAGUCGGUGAGGGAGCAACGGAGUCAACGGAGCUAUGGUAUCCAUAUGCGUUUGGAGCGGCGAAAACGCCGGCGCCCAGGGUUCAACGCCUGGGUGGAGGCCGUCCAUCGACUGAGAGAGGUGGCUGGCACCAGCUUCAAAGGCGAGCAGUUCCACUUCAACGCUCUACUGAGUUUGGGCGCCAAAUCGGGCCCUUGGGCUCGAGUGCUGCAGAGCUUCCAUGAGGUGUCGCUUCAAGCCACAGUGGUCACUUACAACAUUGCUCUCCGAGCGCUCCCAUGGCCCCUUGCCACACAGCUGCUCCAUGUAUUGCCGCAGCGCAGGGUGGUCACGGACACGGUGAGCUUUGCUUCGGCCAUGGAUGGCAGUCGCUGGGCCGUUUGCCUGGCGUUGCUGCGGCACAUGGGCGCCAGCGCGGUAGAGGCGAAUCUCAUCAGCUUUAGUUCCUGCAUCAGCUCUUGCGAGAGGAGCACAGCUCCUUGGUUCCACGCCAUGGGCUUGAUGAGGCGGGUACUGGAAGAUGGCAUUGAAGUGGACCGCAUUGCCAUGAACAGCGCCAUUAGCGCUUGUGGCGCUGCUUGGGCUGUCGCUCUGGUGCUGCUUCAGACCAUGAGCCCGGAGUUGAUCAGCAAUGUGACCGCAGAGUUCAACCGGGGUUGCAACAGUUUGCUGAGCUGUUGCGCGCAAGCCGGGCAGUGGCAAUUGUCUCUGCAUGUUCUGCAUGUGCUGAUGCCACAGCUGAGAGUGGAUCCAAACGUGAUCUCUUUUAGCUGCGCCAUCAGCGCCUGUGACAAGGCCAAGAGCGCCUGGAACGUGGCACUGGCCUUGCUGCAGUGGAUGUGGAAGCAGCGGGUGACGCCAAACGUCAUCAGCUUCAGCAGUGCCAUGUCGGCCUGCGAGAAGUGCAGCCGCUGGGAACAGGCCUUGGAACUCCUUGGGGCGCAGUUGAAGUGGGACAUCCUGCCUGAUGGGGUCAGUUACAACAGUGCCAUCAGUGCAUGUGAGAAGGCCGCUAAAUGGGAGCUGGCCCUCUUGGUGUCCGAUGAGAUGCCCAAGGCACAGCUUUCGCCAGAUGUGGUGACCUACAAUAGCGCCAUUGCCGCCUGUGAGAGUUGCGGGGUCUGGGCAACGGCCCUAGAGCUUUUGGAUUUCAUGGACCAGGCUUCUGUGAUGCCAGACCUGAUCAGUUUCAGCAGCGCCAUCACUGCAUGCGAGAAGGGUUUCCAAUGGACUUGGGCUUUGCACCUUCUGCAGAGGAUGUUGUGUCGAGACCGUAUCGCACCUGAUGCAUCUCAGCAGGACCUUGGAAUUUACCAUCCCUAUCAUGGGGAUGUUUCAUGGUAAGUUGUGACAUAGGUAUGGUCUAUGGUAUAGAUGGC